CUCCACUCUGACACCAUGGCCAGAACAUGGGCUCCAUCAUCACAUGCAAUCAAUCUCCCUUGUCUCUCACAUGUCAUCUUCUUUUUCAUUUUGGAACUUGGACUUUACCUUCAUCUUUUGACAUCGCGAUCCGCCACGUCGCCCAGAUCUCUUGACGCGGAGAUUCCUCAACAUCCGCUUCUCUCGGCCUAAACCCGUCCAGCACCACCUCCCGCCAUGGCCAACUACAGAACGGGCAUAAUGCCCAUGCACCAAGUGCACAAACCGCCCUUCACCAUCGAUUCUCCGGGCUAUGAAAAGGUCCCUGGUGAAACUAUCCCUCGUCGCCAUCCUUCAGCCAAGGAUGGCCUCAUUAGCCGCCCUCACGAGGAUAUCCACACUGUUUACGACAUCGUCCGUCGCAGCGCGCGUCUCUACCCCAAUCACCGCGCUGUGGGCUCGCGCAAACUCAUCAAGCUCCACAAGGAAAUGAAAAAGAUACAGAAGAACGUCGACGGUCAAGUAAAAGAGGUCGAGAAGGAGUGGAGGUUCUACGAGCUCUCGGAAUAUUCUUUUCUCACCUUUAAGGAGUACGAAACCCUUGUCCUCCAGGUUGGUUCCGGCUUGCGCAAGCUAGGCUUGACUCCUGAACAUAAGCUGCAUCUAUUCGGCGCCACGAGUGCGAACUGGAUCGCCAUGUCCCACGCUUGCGCCUCUCAAUCCAUCUCCAUAGUCACAGCCUACGAUACCCUCGGCGAGAGCGGGCUCGAACACACCCUCGUUCAGACCCAGUCUAACGCCAUGUACAUCGACCCUCACCUACUGAAAACCGCGAUCAAGCCUCUGAAGCAGUCAAGUAUCAAAACCGUCAUUAUUAAUGACAGCUGUAUUUUUGCUACGGGCGACGAAAUAGCGGAUUUCAAGACAGCCAACCCGGAGUUCAAUGUCAUUACCUUUGAGGAGCUGCGCAAGCUGGGAGAGGAAAAUAUGGUUGAGCCUGUGCCGGCCAAACCUACAGAUCUGUACUGCGUCAUGUACACAUCUGGCUCUACUGGUACACCGAAAGGCGCCUGUAUUACUCAUGACGCGCUUAUUGCAGGAGUUGCCGGUAUGUAUAGCUGCGUCGGUGAAUGCGUCAGCGAUAAGGAGGUAGUGCUCGCCUACCUACCACUUGCUCAUAUUCUGGAGAUGGCCCUUGAAAACGUGGUUCUAUUCUUCGGCGGCUCACUAGGGUAUGGUAAUCCCAAAACCCUAGCCGAUACAUCAGUCAAGAACUGCGCUGGAGAUAUGCGAGAGCUGGGGCCUACAGUUUUGGUCGGUGUUCCGCAGGUCUGGGAGACGGUCAAGAAGGGCGUUAUUGCCAAGCUAGAGACGUCUAGCCCGAUCAUCCGAACCCUCUUCUGGAGCGCUCUUAGCUUCAAGGGAUUUAUGGCCAGAAACAGGCUCCCCGGAGCUACGUUAUUCGACGGCAUAGUAUUUCGCAAAGUUCGGGAGAUGGCUGGCGGCCGACUUCGGUUUACUAUCAAUGGCGCCAGCGGUAUUGCUGAUAGCACCAAGAGCUUCCUAUCCCUCGUACUCGCCCCUAUGAUGGGAGGCUAUGGUCUCACCGAGACCUGUUCGAGCGGCGCUCUUGGCUGCCCCCUCGAGUAUACGCUGGAUUCCAUCGGCCCCACUCCGGCUUCUAUCGAGCUGAAGCUGGUUUCUGUCCCCGAUCUAGGAUACUCUGCCGAUGCCCAGGUGCCGCAGGGCGAGAUCUGGAUCAAGGGUACCGCGGUCAUGAAGGGGUACUAUGACAACCAGGAGGAGACGGAUAAGGCUCUUACUCCUGAUGGGUGGUUCAAGACUGGAGAUAUUGGCGAAUUCGAUGCUGACGGCCACAUUCGCAUUAUUGACCGUGCGAAGAACCUCGUUAAAAUGCAGGGUGGCGAGUAUAUUGCCCUUGAGAAACUUGAGUCUGUCUAUCGAGGCGCCCAGACUGUCGCCAAUGUCAUGAUCCACGCCGACCCGGAGCAUUCUCGGCCAAUUGCCGUCAUCAUGCCGAACGAAAAGGUCCUUGUCAGCAUCGCCAAGGGCCUUGGCGUGGACGAGCACAGUCAGCACUCCGACGCCAAGGUUCGCGCCGCUGUGCUUCAGGAUCUCCAGACCACUGGCAAGCGGGCCGGCCUUUCUGGAAUGGAGAUUGUUGCUGGCGUUGUCAUCACCGACGAGGAGUGGUUACCUCCAAGUGGCCUUGUCACUGCUACGCAGAAGCUGGAUCGUAGAGUCAUUCGCGCUACGUUCAAGAAGGAGAUAGAUUCGGUUCUCAAGAACACGCCGUGAGUGAAUGAUAUGGUGAAGAGGAGAUAUACUGAAGACUAGGGUGGGAAUGAAUGGCGAAAGUGCCACUGAAUAUCAUAUCAUUGUACCGAGUGUCGUGUUUGUCAAUACUGUAAGAUCUAGGCGUUGUCUCAACAAGAUAUCUAAUUCAUGUUCCGAGUCAUUUUAGCAUAAAAGACAUAGAACUCGAAACGUUGCAUCAGGAGUUUGCCUCCCUGCGCAUCUCCCCGCCUGGAGUAUUUGAAACCGCGACAAGACAGU